GGGUAUUUUGAUACACGUUCGACUUUCCUCUGUAAAACUUCGACUGACGGUGUUCACUUAGUACGAGAAAAUGACGGAGGAAAAAGCGGUGACAGUUUUCAGGGAUUAUCUAAGGAUUAAAACUGUACACCCAACACCGGCCUACGAUGAAGUAGUUGUGUUUCUGGAGAAUCUGGCGAAAGAUGUGGACAUUCAGUGCAGGACACUCGAGGUGCAUCCUGGGAGAGUCGUGGUGAUUAUGACGAUUCCUGGAUCAGACCCGUCCCUGCCCUCCAUCAUGUUGAAUUCCCACACAGACGUUGUACCUGUAUUCCAGGAUCAGUGGGUGUGUGACCCGUUUGAAGCAAAAAAGAUGGAGAAUGGGGACAUAUACGCAAGAGGAACACAGGACAUGAAGAGUGUUGGCAUACAGUAUAUGGAAGCAAUUAGAAAACUAAAGAUGGAGAAUAAACUAAAUUUCUUAAGGACGAUUCAUGUUACAUGGAUGCCAGAUGAAGAAAUAGGAGGAAAACUAGGAAUGGCCAAAUUUGUUCAACACGAAGAAUUUAAGAAACUGAAUGUAGGUUUUGGACUGGAUGAAGGUCUGGCCAAUCCUACUGAUGCUUUUACUGUGUUCUAUGGAGAAAGAACUCCGUGGUGGAUUCGAGUUCGAUGUCCCGGAAAACCAGGUCAUGGGUCAAGGUUCAUAGAGGACAAUGCGGCAGAAAAAGUGAGAAAAGUAAUAAACAGUUUUCUUUCAUUCAGAGAUGAGCAAGAGAAAAAACUCAAGACUCAUGGCUGCUUACGACUAGGUGAUGUUACCACAGUGAAUCUGACCAACCUUAAGGGAGGAUUUGAACAAUCACUGAACGUUGUUCCUACUGAAAUGUUUUUAGGGUUUGACAUCAGAAUCGCUCCUACCGAAGACUUGAGCGAUUUUAAAACAAUGAUGGAGGAAUGGUUGAAACAAGCAGGGGAAGGUAUCACCUACGAAUUUGUUCAAUACAACCCUGCCCAAGGUAUGACCUCCACAGACAAAAGCUGUCCUUGGUGGAACACUUUCACCUCUGUGUUUGAGAACCUAGGCAUUACGAUUGAGAAGGAAAUAUUUCCAGCUGCUACUGAUAUCAGAUACAUCCGGGAGCUCGGUAUACCUGCCCUUGGAUUCUCUCCAAUGAACAACACACCGAUAUUGCUUCACGACCACAACGAGUUUCUGAAUGAGAAGGUUUUCUUGCGUGGAAUAGACAUGCACUGUGAACUUAUUCCUGCUCUAGCCAACCUUCCUAAGCAAUAGUGUCAUUGUGAUGUCAUCAAGACUUCAUUGUGAUAAAAAGUUGUCAUUAAUGGGCUGCGCUUUAUUAAUACUGAGUAUAUACUUUUUAUAACCAUUAGGCAUUGCUUAAAAUUCUGAUAAAAUCUGUACUUGAAUAAUUUGAAUAAUUUUUAAGUUUUUGAAAGCAUUGAAACAUCAAAAACGAGUUUACUAACUAUAAUUUGGUUUUGAUUAACUGACUAUCAUAAUUUUCAUUUGGUGCAGAAUGAAGACUAAAGGUUAGUAAAAUGAUAUUGUCGUAAUUAUUUUAGGAGGAACAUUUAGUUUGACCUAGGUAUAAUUGACCUUAAUAUAUAGUCCAUAUGUAGUCAGUUCACUGUAAUUUUGGCUGAUCAUUUCUGAUUUGUUGAUUGGGAUCGGAUGUCGUGACUAUAUGUUUUUAUUGUUCCGUACUUUUUUCAACUUUCUCUGUUUAGAUCGUAUUUAUAUAAGGAAUAAGGAAUCAUUUUUUGAGUAUUAUGAGGUGAUAAUUUCGGUCGGGGCGUGAUCAAAUCCAAUAAAGCCCGAAGGGCUUUAUGAUAGAUUUGAACACGCUCCGACCGAAAUUAUCAUCUCAUAAUAUUCAAAGAAUGAUUCCUUGUUACUUAUAUUCAUAUAAUUUUAAGCCAUCGUACGAUUAAAUAUUUAGAUAUAAAUAAGCAAACCCCGCUGGCGCCUCAAUUUGGCGUCAUUUGUAUUAUGAGUUAUAUAGUACACAAUCGAUACGUAGUGUUAUCACAGGCAAAGACACUGGAAAGUGUAAAUAUGUAUAGUUCGUAGAAUUUGAUUUGUUGAUUGGGAUCGGAUGUCGUGACUAUCGGUUUUUAUUGUUAUGUAUUUUUGUUUACUUUCUCUGUUUAGAUCGUAUUUAUAGUGGGAAAAAUACGUCAGUUAACUUUAACAUGUCUUGCUGAAAUGGAUAAAUUAAAAUCAAUAUGUUGAUUUGUUUUCAAAUUAAAAUAUAUAUUUAAUAUACGCAAAGCUUCAAGUUGAGAAGGUUUUGUUUUUUUCACCAAAUAAAUUUCUUGUGCAAUGAUAAUAAUAUUCUAUUACCCCCUUAAAUUUUUAUUUUUUUUCAUUAAUAAGAAAACCAAACAAAAGAUAUAUAAAUUUAAAAUUCAUAACGAGUAAAAAAAACUACAUUUUGAAAGUGAAAAAAUCCAUAUAUUGAUCACAAAUUGAACACAAGUCAGGGAUGUAAAUAAUUUGAUUGUCUAUCUAUGUAUUUAAGAUUUAUGGUGCUAUGGUUGUAAGGGUUUAUAUAUAAAAAUCAAAGAGAAUGAGUGUAAAUUUGAAUUUUUUUUUUUUUUUUUACAAUAAAUGCAUUUAUUUUAAAAAUAUAAUGCUGUUUCAC